AAACCAGUCUGGAAUCCCCGAUGUGCUACGGAAAGUCAUCAAAUUAGAAUAAUUGUUUGUUUGUUGUAGCAUCAACACUUGGCUUUGUGUGAUAGGGCGGGAAUUCAUAAAUACAUGAUGUUCACCUUAAAAUUAGUACGGUGUUAUGGUACGGCUCUGCGCACCUUCACGUCGACUGCAAACCAAAGCCAUGAAAACCCUCUGGGCCUCCCAUUUCGCUCGCCCCCCGCACCCCAAAUGCCCCGACGCGGCGGGCCAAUCCAAAAACGCCGUAUCGAGCACGUAAAGAAGGUAAUCGUUGUAGCAAGCGGAAAGGGGGGUGUGGGUAAGAGCACGAUAGCAGUAAAUCUUGCUUUCUCCCUUGCAAUGCUGUCUCAUCGACCGCGAGUUGGCAUACUUGACUUGGACAUUUUUGGACCUUCUAUACCUACCUUGAUGGGACUCCAGCAUUCGGACGACCCACAUUUAACUCCUGCUGGCGCUCUCGUCCCCAUAAUCAAUCAUGGUGUUCCUACCAUGUCUAUGGGCUACCUUGUCCCUCGGCCACCGCCUGACUCCACAGAAUUUGAAGGUGCAAUUGUCUGGCGCGGCCUUAUGGUUCAAAAAGCCGUGCAGCAGCUCCUCUUCGAUGUCGACUGGCGGGACACUGGCGGAUCUGGUCCUGGGCUGGACGUACUAAUCAUAGAUAUGCCUCCAGGGACGGGAGAUGUCCCCCUUACACUGGGACAAUUAGUUGUCGUUGACGGCGCAGUCAUCGUUUCAACUCCACAGGACGUCGCGCUAGCAGAUGUAAGAAGAGGAAUCUCUAUGUUCAAAAAGAUCUCCGUUCCAAUAACAGGCCUCAUCCUUAACCAAGCGUCCUUCAUGUGUCCUUCUUGCAACACGGUGCAUGAGCUAUUCGGGACUUCAGCUAAUGCGUCGCGCCUCGGGAUCCCUCUCCUAGCGCAACUCCCUCUUGUUGGGGGUGUGAGCUGGGGUGGAGAUCGCGGCACUCCAUACGUCCUUGAAGGAAACAGAGGUGGAAAAGACGGCAGGGCGGGAGAGAUGUGGCGAGAUGCGAUGAACGGAGCGGCAAGCAAAAUUUGGGGAUUAGUUUACAGUUGACCCUACCUGUCACAUUACUGAUUGUUACACGGAAAUGCUGUGUUCUAUUGCAUCUGCCAUGAAUAAUAAUAUA